AUGACGAGACGAGUAGAAAGCUGUGAUAAGAUUGAGUGUGAGGUGCAUUCAUUGAAGAAUGAUCUUCGCCAUGAGCCAACCUCAGAUAUCACCAAUGAUAAAGAAGGCGGUCAGAGGACUACCUGGAUGUCUAUCUCGCGCCAGGACAGGAACAAUAAAGAAUUCAAGAAAUGGGAAUGCGCAUUACCUGGUCUUUGCAACUACUCAGCAAGAUCGAAACCAGCAGACAAGCACCAAAUUCGAAUAAUUAUCAUCAAGAUGCACUUGGGAUUGGCCCCAUCAUUCGAGCUCCGAGAGCAAGCUUACGUUAGUAACUUGCCUCAAAGACUUGUUGAUUUUACCUUCGCGCAAUGCCAGUUUGUUGCGCCCUAUGACCCAGAUCCCUUGGCCAUGGUGGAUCAUCUUGAUAGUUGCGUCUGGACAAUUCUAUUCCCUAGCGUUCCAGGCCUCGAUGAUCUCCGUUAUCCAUGUCGAAAAAACCCAAGUGUACAAAAGACUCUCCAUCAGCUUUCACAGAACCUCAGAACAAAUGUCCACAGUCCUACAGGCACAUUCCUCCUUGAAAAAAUCGAAUUUGAAGACGAACUUCGGGCUGUAUCUAUUGCGUAUAUAUUGACUCGAGGAGAACGCCAAGCGCAAGCCGAAGAUCUAGAACGACCCAAGGGUCAACAAAAAGUUCCAGAAGAAGGAAGAGUUGGGGCGCUGUGGGCUGGAGAUUCGAGGGAUAAUGAGUGUUUGUUGAUGGAGAGCAGUGAGAUCAGAGCUCCAAUUCCUGGUCUUGCGCCCACCAAUCUCGCUCAGAAGCCGCUUCUUACAACCCCAGACUCUUCCCAACAUCUAUCGAAUGAAAGUUCUCAAGGCUUAGAUAAACAUUGA